AUUCAGCACCAGUUUUUCCGUACAUUGGAGACAAUGGACAGACGACUUGCAUGAGGAAGAACAUUACGCCUUCAUCAGCAAUAUACGACCCUUGCGCACCUGUUGAUCCGGCGCGACUGGAAAAACUGAAGCAACACAUUAAGGCAAUUCCACCCAAACCACCAGCACCUAAAGAUAAACCAGAAGAACCCUCAGCUGAUCAUGAGAGUGACUUCUACAGCAUACUCAUGCAUGAAAGACCGUGGCCUGACAAAGAAUAUGGAUGGGUGUUUGAUAAUCAUAUCGCUGCGUAUAUGAACGUCCUCAUACAAAGGUCCAUGCGAGAUCCCACUCCAUUCUGGUCCAAGCGGAUUGGUUUCAUAGACCCUUGGUUGUUAAGUUUUUGGGCUUCGAUUACAGGCAGUUCAGGAUGA